UCAUCGCGCCAACACCAUCAAUACUCCCAGCACCACAUAUGCAGCUGUCCAGCGCGAAAUUCUCGAUCUCCGCUGCAUCUCGUCGUUAUAGUUUAAGUAGCACGCGCCUGUCGCCGUGCGCGCACAUUUAUACCUGCAGGCCGUCGUUGUACAUACUAGGUUAGAUGCACUCCGAUCUAUCACAAUAAUUAUUAUUGUUAUACCGACUGCUGCAAAGAACUACGAUCUAUAGCGCUGCGCACGACUGGUUUGAGCGUGACGGAAGGCGACGACGGCGGUGCGUCAACGCGUUGCGGAAGCAGCAGCAGCAGCCGCUGUACGCAGAUAUACCAUACGAACGAUACACGGCGUGCUCGUAACGGCGAAAGCACCCGGCGCCCGAGACGAGAGCACCGACUGCACAGUGACGAUUGCGGCGAGUAACCGAAGAACUCGGCUGCACCAUCAGCUCAAGUUAUUUCAGGGUACCUGGAAAACUAUACCAAAUUACAAAGGCGGCAACACUUGCGUACUCAGUAUCUGCCGUUCAUCAUCAUCACACCCACUUUCACGGUAUCAUCGAAUUCACCUUAUCAAUUAUCAUCGACUAUAAACAGUACUCACGUCAAACAUACAGCGACGCCAGUGGCAUUCGUCACAAGAAGAUAUUACCUCGAACUGUCAAUAGUGAUCAUAAAGUCAACAGAUAUUACUGUUGACAAUAAUAAACAAACCAAAUAACAUAUCUACCCUUUCGACUAAAAGUACAGCUGUCAUUAUCACAAAUCCUGAUAUUGAAAGUGCAGUUCGUCACUGGAACAUCUAGCAGCAUAUCAUAAUGGAUAACCCGGCAGCAGUGUUGACGGAUGACGUGGAGGAUUGGAGUUCACGGGCGCCAUCGGCGGGCAGCAAUCAGCAUCAAACACAUACUCGGUUAAGCGGUGGUGUCAACGGCAGUUUACCCAAUAAUUCAUCACAAACACAAUCAACACCACAACAACACUACAAGCGCAAUGCGUCCACAUAUUCGAUAGACAUUCCAGCAACCUUAGGACUGAUGGUGUCUAGCGGCAACCCUGCUGCUAACGGAUCAACUACAUCAUCUACUAUGAAGCUGACCGAGUAUUCGAGCAGCGGCAGCAACAGCAGCAACAGCGGAAGCGUCGGCGACGGGACCGCGACCGCGAAUUCUUACAUCAUAUCGGGCGGCAACGGCGCAAAGGCCGAUGGCAACGGAAAGGUUGGCGGACGCCGUCGCAAAGGCGGCAAGAAGCAGCCGCGUUACGACCCGUUUGAGAUGCGGGACAAGUCCAAGGCGACCACUGAUAGCGGAGCCUUAUUACAUCUGGUUAAGAGCAGUCUCGGCAGUGGCAUCCUCGCCAUGCCAAACGCGUUCAAAAACGGUGGGCUCAUUUUCGGACUUGUCGGCACGGCAGCCAUCGGAGCGCUUUGCACGCAUUGCAUCUACCUUCUGGUGCUGUGUUCGCAAACUCUAGCCCGCCGCACUCGCCGCCCGUACCUCGGGUUUGCCGAUACCGCCGCAGCAGCGUUCAGUACUGGUCCUCGCCGAUUCCGUGCCUGGGCCCCAUUCGCCAAGGAAUUUGUCAACGCUGCCCUGUUCUGCACAUACUAUUUUGGUAACACCGUGUACGUGGUGCUCGUCGCUGCAUCGUUCAAGCAGGUGGCCGACACGCACACCGACCCGGAAUGGCACAUGUCCAUCCGCGCCUGGAUCCUCGGCCUGGCCGUCCCGCUGGUGCCGCUGGGCAUCAUCCGUUCGCUCCGACUGCUGGUCCCGUUCUCGGCCAUAGCCACCGCUUUCAUACUGGUCGGUUUGGGGUGCACCAUGUCGUGGGUGGUGACCGGCGUCAGCCUGUUCGCCGACGAGAGCGCCCUGACGGCCGCCGUACCGCUGCCGGACAUCGGAUCCCGUCCGUGGAUCGCCCCCGUUGGUCACAUGCCCCUGUUCUUCGCCACUGUCUUGUUCGCCAUGGAGGGAAUCGGCACUGUACUACCAAUCGAGAACUCGAUGCGCCAUCCAAAACGAUUCCUUACUGCUCGUCCUUGUGGAGUUUUGAACGCCGCCAUGACGCUGGUCGUGUGUUUGUAUUCGGUCGCCGGAUUUCUUGGAUAUUUGCGUUUCGGUGACGCCACUGACGGAUCUAUCACGCUCAAUCUGCCCAACGAUCUGUUCGCCGAAUCGGUGAAAAUCAUGGUGGCGCUAUCCAUAUUGUUCUCGUACGGUCUACAGUUCUGCGUGCCCAGCGAGAUAGUGUGGGUUCGAUUGGAGCCGUGGCUGCAAAAGCGCAAGCAAAACGACAAGUAUUCCGCAGACGGCAAAUUUACAACUUCCUCCACGCCGACAGUCACCACCAUCGCCGGCAGCACCAUGUCUACGGCAACCGCAGUCACCACGACCAGCGCCCCGUCCGUGGACGAGAAAAAGCAGCUCGAGAUCGAAUCCAACCAACAGGUUAAACCCAUUACCGGGGAGUACUACAUUAUGAGGGCCGCCAUGAUCCUGGGAACCGUGCUCAUCGCCGCCCUGGUGCCCGACCUGGCGCCUUUCAUCUCGCUCAUCGGCGCGGUGUUCUUCUCCAUACUGGGACUGAUGUGCCCGGCCGUCAUCCACCUGGUAGCGUUCUGGAACCACGGCAACGAGAACGGCGAGGACACGGACGACGAGACCGACUCGGAGGACGACUUGGACUUUGACGGCGACUACUACGCGGUGGAAGACGACACGGACCUGGAGGCGGUGCAGCGGCAGCCGCAGCGCAGGAGGAGCAGCGGCCGGUCGACGAGACGCCGUCGCAAGGGAAUGGACCGCUGGACAGUGGCCAAGGACGUGGCCAUCGUUUUGAUAGCGCUCAUCGCUUUGGUGUCCGGCACUUACGCGUCGCUGGUGGACAUAGUGGCGUUCUACGGCGGCGAGAGCGGCGGCCAUCACGAGGCCGGCGCCGUCAACGGCACCGCCACCACCACCAUCGGACCGGGACCGGAAUCGGCGUUCCUGGUGGCCGUGGACGGCGGACAUUAGAUCGGAAGCGGAGACGACAAGACGACACAUCAGCAGUAUACUAUAUGCAAUAAUUAAAACCGACAACCAUAUACACACCGACCGCCGCCGCCGCCUGUCCGGCCGAAAUCGUCUGCACCGACUUCCGUUAUAAUAUUAUUAUAUAAUUUGAUCACUGUUGAUACGAGCACCUUUUUUGGGGCAUUUUUUUUUUCGUUUCGUGAAACCAUAAUAUACUAUUUACUCGUUUUCGAAAACAUUUCCCGGCGAUGUACAUCCCUCUUAUGUAUAUAUUAUAUAUAUUAUACAUAGGUAUAUAAUGUACUUAAUGAUUUGUAGACGUCUCGCCUCGUCUUUUUUUUUUUUUUUUGAUAUAGUAUUAUUAUAUCUUAUUCAACUGUCGUCGUUUGUGUAUAUUAUUUUAAUUAUUGCUAUAUUGCUUUUUGUUUUUUUUAAUAUUUUUAUUUUUAUUUAUUAACUACUCGUUUGUAUAUAUAAUAUAUAUAUACAUUAUACAUAUAUAUGUAUACAAUUCCAGAGUAUAAUAUUAUUAUUAAGUACCUAAUAAGGUAGUGUGUAGUUUUACGAGCGCAAACAUUUUUUUCCAUAUUGUUUGUCGCCUUUAAGUUUUUCGCUAUAUUUAUUUUAUAUACUAUUAUAAUAUAGUGAAAAUUCUAUGAUUUAUUUUUAGUUUUCAUUUAUUUUUUCUUAACGUUGUCGGGCUUAAUAUUAUAACAAACGCGUGCGAGUUCACGACAAAAUAUUUUGUAAUUAUAUAUAUUAGUAUACAUUAAUUAUAUUUUUAUUUGUAAUAUCAUAAGAUUCAAAAUAUUACUACCUACUUUUGCUUUUCACCAAUUAUAAUUUAUUAUUUAUUCCACUGUUGAUUCUUACAUAAGAAUUCAUACGCAGCGGAAAAUCAUAUAAGACAUUUUGUAAAUGUUACUCAUACUUAUUACAUACGAUUCAUAACAUUGUAAGUUACAACUGUCAAAAAAAAGAAAAGAUUUUGAUUAAUAUUAUAUCAUUUAUUAUUACGAGUA